CAAAUAAUAAACAAAGAUUCAACAAGUUGACUGUGUUUAGUCAGCACUCAUCAGUGUUGUGUGAACUGUGUACUGCGAUUCUUUGCGAAAGCAAAGAAAAUGUUCGGUUGAUGUAUACAAUAUUAUACCUAUUAUCACUAUUCGAUUUCCCUAUUCCGCGUAAAUGUUCAUAUUUUUAUUAUAAGUAUGAAAAGUCAUUCUCCGUAAAAUGUUUAGUGUCUAAAACUAAUACAAAUAAUGGCAAACGGUGGUUGGCGCGAAUGUGCAAACUGGUUGACGAGGUGUGGCGCAAUAAGAGCUGAUCACAAAGUCAAUUGGCCGGGAUCGACUAUUGACGAUUUAGCACAUACCCUCAGGGAUGGAGUGAUUUUGUGCAAUUUGCUCAACAUAUUAGACCCGGGAUGUCUGGGCGCCAAAGAUAUAAAUCAAAAGCCACAAAUGGCUCAAUUCCUGUGUUUAAGAAACAUAAAAAUAUUUCUACAAGUAUGUCAGGAAGUGUUUGGUGUUAAAGAAUAUGAUAUGUUCGAUCCUAUUGUAUUGUUUGAACUGUCUGAUUUGUUUAAAGUUAUUCGAAUGCUAUCUAUUCUUUCACAAACCCCAAAACUACAGAGAUUACAGAUACAAGGAUUUAUUGUUACAAAACCUCGAACUUCGUCUCAAGAAGAUAUAUACAGGAACAUCAAUUCUUUGGACUUUGUAUCAUCAAGGAGUGCAUUAUUAGAUUCAUUUCAUGAAAAUGAAUAUACAAGUUACGAUACGCAUAUAAGAAAUGAAGAAAUUUAUCAUGAUUUAUGUGCUAUUGAUAAGGGUUCAUCCAUUGCUCAGGAUCCUGUAGUUGCACAGCAUACAAUCGAAAAACGAGAUUACGUAAUCAACGAACUUGUUGAAACUGAAAAAAAUUAUGUUGACGUCCUACAAACUUUAAUCAAAUGUUUUAUCAAACCAUUAUCGAAAGUUAUGAAAGAAGACGACUUUUUUAUUAUAUUUCAAGGAAUUAAAGAACUUUACGAAGUGCAUAAAGAUUUUCAUCAAGAUUUGAUAAAAGCGUGUUCUCAGUAUAGUUCUUUAAGAUUAUCCGAUGUUUUUCUUAAAUGGAAAGACAAAUUCUUAAUAUAUGCAGACUACUGUGCCAAUUUAACUAUCGCUCAAGAUAGAAUACAAGAUCUGUGUAAUCAUAAUGAUGUCAUCUACAGAGAGGUCAAUCGUUGUCAAGAAGAAGCAAAUAAUGGAAAAUUUAAACUUCGUGAUAUAUUGUCAGUUCCAAUGCAAAGAAUACUUAAAUACCACUUAUUGCUCGACAAAUUAAUACACGAUACACCACAGUCGCAUAAAGAUUUAUCAGGAUUAGAAUGGGCCAAAGAGUGUAUGGUGGACGUUGCACAAUAUAUAAAUGAAGUAAAAAGGGACAGUGAUACUUUGCAAAUAAUGAAUGAUGUUCAGAAAAGUAUUAUAGAUUGGGAAGUUAUGGGUGUAACUCAUUUGAAAAAUUACGGACAUUUGAUUGCUGAUGGUGAAUUAAAAAUUAAAGCUCAUAACGAUCAAAAGGUGAAACCCAGAUACGUUUUUAUUUUUGAUAAAGUUGUUUUGAUGUGCAAAGCAAUUAGAAGUGACCAAUAUUCUUAUAAGCAGUCGAUUUUAACGACACAGUACAGACUUGAAGAUUGCAGUAGCAAAAAGUUUUUAUCUAGGGAAAAUCGCUCGUCCCAUCAAUUUUAUAUGGUUCACAAAUCGGAGAGUAUUGCAUACACAUUUUACGCCCGGUCUGAGGAACAAAAAUUGAAAUGGAUGAAAGCCAUACAAGAUGCAAUGGAUAAUGUUGAGCCGUCAGUGUGCAAUUUAACCAGUCAUAAAUUUGUGGUGCACACUUUCAACACGCCUACUGUAUGUUACCACUGUUCAAAAUACUUAAAAGGCUGUAUAUUUCAGGGAUACAAAUGUGAUGAAUGUUUUAUAAGUGUACAUAAAUUAUGCAUACCCGAAUCGGGACGAUGUGGUCUGAUCAGCACACAAUCUACUGCCGUACAAACUACAGUUUUCCCAAAUAGGUUUUCUGCUGAUAGUACAAGUUUUAAUCAUCGACAUCGAUCACCAGAUUGGACACGAAAUUGGUCUGACAGUGAUAUCCUUACAGAACAUCUUUGGUUUGUUGGAGAAAUGGACAGAGAUCGAGCCACCAAUCUGUUGGAAGGUGAAUCAGAUGGUACAUAUUUAGUACGAAUACGACCUCAAGGGCCUACUAGACCCAUAGAAACGGUUUAUGCCCUCAGUCUAAAGUCUAACAAUCAAGUGAAACAUAUGAAGAUAUGUGAAAGAUUGGAAGACAGUAUUAGCAGUUUUUAUUUGUCGGAAAAACGUUUUUUCCCUAAUUUGGUCGAAUUGGUAAAUUUUUAUGAAAAAAACAGUUUGAGCGAAAAUUUUAAUGGGCUGGAUAUCAAGUUAAGAUGGCCAUUUUGUCGAAUACUUGCAGUGGCAAAGUAUAACUUUUGUCCGACAGAACCAAACCAGUUGCCUCUUAAAGAAGGAUGUACGCUGAAAAUUUUGAGUAAAGAAGGAGAUCAAAAAGGCUGGUGGAAAGGACAAAUAGGAGAUAAGAUUGGAUUCUUUCCUAAAGUGUAUGUACAAGAGCUGGUUAGUUCAAUGUAAUGACACUAAUAAUCGUAUACAAGCUGAAGAACUUUUUGGCUAAUUCUCUUGCAACCGGCGUUAGAAAACAACCGUUCAGGCUCUGGGCCAAAGGUUAUGAUUUCCAAGGUUUUUCUGUGAGUAAAAAUAAAAACCGUUAACCUACAUUUAUAUAAUAUGAUAUAUAUUUAUAAUGUAAAAUAUUAUUUCAUUUUUAUUUUUAAUUGUAUUGGAUAAAAUGCUUAAAGUCUGUCAUACCUCAAACAUUACUAAUAUAUUGAAAUAAAUAAGAAAAUCAAACUAUUUAUAUGUUAAAUAUAUACAAUGUGUUAUAAUUUUUACUAAAUAUUUAAAAUUUUAAAUUAGUCGAGAUAUGUAGAGCAUAAUUUAUGUUGCCAUU